CAACAACUUGAAAUUACUCAUUGCCAGUUUCAUCGUCAGAUUCGUCAGUUGUAAUCGAACGAAGUGUUGAAGUUUUGAAGUUUUGUAGGCAAGACUUGCCUCACAUCGAUCGCGAUACGCUCAUGAUGUCAAAUUUGUAAUCUCGUGAUAUACAGAUUAUCGUGAAAAACAGUACUUAUAUAUUGUCUUUCUAAAAAAAACGAAAGAUUAUUUAGAUAUCUCACGCAGUAUGGUCAGUUUCCAAGUGACUGUGAAGUAUCGUGCAGUAAUUUUCUCUUAGUUCCUUUGUUAUUCUUUGCAUAAGAUGUCUUGGCUUUUCGGUAAAAAAAAGCAUCGGGAAUCACCUCCAGAAACACCAGAGGAGCCCAACAAUGCUCAAUCGGAGGAUUAUAUCAUAGUGGAGAAAGAGGAGAAUCCCACGCCACUUGGGCCAUCGGGGAGUCUUUAUCCACAACUCGGUCCAACUCCGUAUCCUCCUGCAAUAGUGCAGCAACAGAGCCAAUCGUCAGAAUCUCAAAGUUACAUCAGUGGAAUUCCUUUCAAGCUUAGCAAAACUCUGAACAGCGAUUUUGAAGUCGAAAGGCUUAGGAUCGACGAAAUAACGUCAUUCGUUCAUCAAAUAAUUAACGAAGAUUAUGAUUACGAGUUUAAUUUGGAAAGGAGCGUCAUCAAUGAAAUGGACAGUGGUGUCGAAUAAGACCAUGUAUUUCCCGCCAUAGUCACAAAUAAUAUAAGAAUGAUCCAGGCGAUAUAGAUUUCUAAGGAACCAUCAAAUUGCUUAAUCUGUGAUGAUGCAUUUUGACAUGGAUGAGAACAAAAGCGGAAAUAGUAAGCGGAAGAAAGCCCAGCUAACCAGCUGGGCUUUCUUCCGCUUACUAUUUGCUUCUCAACAAUGCUGUACCAGUGCAAUGGAAUGAUAAAAUCAAGAUUAAUUGAAAAAGAAUAAAUGAAGAGAAUUUGGUGGGAUCGAGCUCUUGGCCGUAAUGUUGUCAUAAUACAAGUUGAACUGACAUAGUAAAAUAUAAUUAAAUUUGUAUUCUUUAUUUACAAUUAAUACAAGAAUUCUUGUGUUCACGUAUUUUAAUAAGAUGCAGAAGUUUCUUCACUUCGUAAUACAGUUAUUUUAGUUUUGUAUUUUUCAUUUAUUUUCUUAUGAGAUCAUUCAAUUCGAUGCAUAAUUUUUUAAGAAAUUACAAAAGUCUCUAAUUACCGAUUGAAGUAAAACUUGUUUUUAAGGGGAGUAGCCAAAAUAGAAAUAAACGUUCCUUCGCAAUGGAAAAUUGUUGAAUUACCUAAAAGCGUUGAACUCCUUGAAAUAUUCUAUUUUCUCGUAUGUCCCUAACUAUAUUCAAUAAUUGCGUAAAAUUCGAGAAUGUUAUUUGCGCUGUGUAGAUUGAAGCUUUGUGUGUACAUUUUUCCUCAUGAGCAUAAUUUUUCUGCUGCAUAAUGGAAAAAAAAUUCUGAUGUUGGUUGAAUAAAUAAUCGUCAAGUAUAA